AUGGACGGAACUUUAAACGAAGCUAUGCAAGCGAUGAAUAUUGAAAAAGACGUACCGAUGAUUAUCUCAAACGAUGAGGCUUUCAGUACAAUGGAACAAAGUGGUAGGAGUUUGAUUGGAAGGUUGUUGAAUCCAGAAUGCCAGAACAUGUCCCAGAUGUUGCGUACCAUGCCACAGAUCUGGAAGAUUUACGAGAGAGUAAGGGGUAUUGCGCUCACUAAUGAUACGUUUCAGUUCAUCUUCAAACUGGAAACAGAUCUAACCACUGUUAUGAAGCAUAGGUUUUGGACCAUUGAUGAUUGGGGUAUGGUUAUGGAUAGGAUAGCCACAACGGUGGACCAUGUGGAAAAGAUCACUUAUGACCCAGAAAAGCCUUUGCUUUAUGCCUUGAUCUUACUAGAUGUGACACAACUUGUCCGAGAUACAAAAUCAGUCAAUCUUCCCAAAGGAGCGGUAGCUGUGGUCGACGUUGAGUAUGAAAGAAUUCGGAAAAAAUCCUUUCACUGCCACAGGCUGACGCAUGAGAAGCAACGAUGUCCUUUGUUUCAAGCUCACCGAAAUGAAGGGAAAAACAUUUCGGGGAGAAGAUUGGGAGCUGAGCUGCAGAAUUUAAACCAUCGACAACAUCAUAUGUAUUUCUCUAACCAGUUAAUACCUUUGCUUGCACCAUCAGUACCGCCUGGGUUUGCCCCUCCGUCCAAAUUUACAUGA